UAAUUCAAUAAUAUUUAUUUCAGAUACAAAAAUGCGUUAUUUAAUCAUUUUGAUCGCGGCGGCAAUAGCCUUGGUAGGAGCUUCGCCCGUCGAAGUGGAGAAUACCAGGGAAAAGAUAUUCCUAACAGAAGAAAAUACAAGAAACAGUAUACUGGAGCAGUUGGUGCUUGAUUUAAUUGAAGAAUUUAGAGAAUUGAUGGUGACUGGAUCUAACACUUUUCCCGUGUUAGACCCGCUUUACGUGAGUGAGCUGUAUUUUGAUCAAUACUUAAUCCCCAUAUUACCCGGAUAUAUAAACAUUAAAGAUUUUACAAUGGACAAUUUGAGCACAUUUGUAAUCAACGAAUUCGGUUUAACCAUGGCUUCCUUACUGCAGCAGCGGUAUCGACUAAUAUUAGAUGGCCAUGUCCCGGUGGUGGAUUUUAAUGCGGGUAGGUACGACCUCGACUUGUCAGUUUUCGGCGGAAGUAUAUUUGGCAGUGGAGAAAUGUCAUUAAGAAUUGUCGAGCCUCGUAUUCGCGCGAAUAUUGUCCUGUCUAUAAGACUAUCUGGAGGGAUUUUUAUAACUUUGGAAGAAUGUAGACUUAGUGUUUCAGUAGGUUCAUUUGAUCCAAAAAUAACAGGUUUAUUCAACGAUCCCGUACUUAGCGACUUCAUCAGCGUAUUUUUGAAACACUUUGUUGAAGAGAUUCUUGUUGUUAUGGAGGAUGAUAUUACGGAGUUCCUCAGUGUGAACGUUUUGGAGAUUGGUAAUCAAAUUUUGGCCGAUUUGGAUUUGUCAACAAUUCUAGGCGUAUAAAUAUAAUACUGAUGAAUAUGAAAUUAAUUGGCUUCACACAUUUUUUCUAUCUUUUAAAAUUAUAAUUUUCAU